ACGAACCCUCACCUCACAUUACCUCACCUCAAUCCUUACCCCAGAAACUUUCCAAGCGAUACCCGUCAACUUUCAUGUUUGUCCCGCAAUCAAAGUCCAGCCUUCAGCCGGCCAUUGGCACUACCAACCAAGCACCGUUCAGGAGCCCCUUCAAAGCUGUGCCACUCAUGGGUCCCUCCCCAAUUGUCCACAAUAUGGCACCGUUCAUACAAGUUACCCUCCAAGUACCUACAAACGUGCCUCGGCUUCUUUAGCGAAAACCAUUCGGCCAGCUGAGGAAGACUGCCUUCUUUGUUGAUGUCGAGUGACUUGCUUUAAGACCUAGCACCAUCGGCCUUUCUCUUGGUUUACCACCUUUAUCGUUGGGCGCUUGGUGUCUCGUCUUCAAUAAUUCCGUCCAUUCUUUCUUACAGCGCCUUUCCUCUACUCAGAUAUCACUCGAUUUUCCUCCCUUCCUAGGCCAUCCAACCUCCCUUCGAGUCUCAAGUCCCCAUAACACACACUACUCUACAGUCUGCAACCAUGACCCAGUUAAAGACCUUCACUCGUGCCGAAGUGGCCAAAAACAACAACCCAGACGAAUCCCUGUACUGUAUCAUCGACAGUCAGGUCUAUGACCUGACCGACUUUGUCGACGCUCACCCCGGUGGCAGCGUCGUGCUUGCUCAAAUCGGUGGCACAGACGCUACCUCGGCUUUCUAUAACUUGCACCGUCAUGAAGUCUUGCAAAAAUAUGCCAACCUUCGCAUCGGCACCAUUGAGGGCGAAAAGCCCCAGGUCAUUGAUCCCCAACCGGGGGAUCUAUCACAGGUGCCUUACGCCGAGCCUCUCUGGUUGACCCCGGCCUUUAAGAGUCCCUACUAUAAUGAUUCCCAUCGUCGACUACAGCGAGCUCUUCGUCACUUUGUCGACCACGAUAUCUAUCCCGAGGCUCAGGAGAAGGAGUUGGAUGGUACUUAUAUCUCGCAGGAGCUGACAGAUAAAAUGGCCAAGAACAACUUACUAGCAUUGCGCCUUGGACCCGGCAAGCACCUGCACGGGCGCAACAUUUUCGAUGGCGCUGUCAAGGGAGAAGAAGUAGACUACUUUCACGACUUGAUUGUCGCCCAGGAAUUAAGUCGUGCCGUGGCACGUGGCUUCCAGGAUGGAAACAUGGCCGGCAUGAUGAUUUCCUUGACUGCUGUUCGCCAAUGGGCCAACGACGCUGCUUUGAGGGACAGGCUCACCGAGGAAUGCCUGUCCGGUAAAAGCUUCAUGUGCCUUGCCGUGACUGAGGCUUUCGCUGGCAGCGAUGUUGCCGGUAUUCGCACCACCGCCACGAAAACCCCGGAUGGAAAACACUAUAUCAUCAAUGGAACCAAGAAGUGGAUCACAAACAGUGUCUGGGCGACGCACUUGGUAACGCUAUGCAAGACCGAGAAGGGCUUCUCAGUCAUUAUAGUCCCAAGAGAUGAAAAUGUUGAAGUCAAGAGAAUCAAGACAUCUUACUCGACCGCGGCGGCCACCGGCUUCGUCGAGUUCAACAACGUCAAAGUUCCCGUCAACCACCUCCUUGGCAAAGAAGACAAUGGAUUCAUCGUCGUCAUGAGCAACUUCAACCAUGAACGUUGGGCCAUGACCUGCUCCGUGAUUCGAUGGAUGCGCACUGUUGUGGAGGAGUGCCUCAAAUGGACUCAUCAACGGAUCGUGUUUGGCAAGCCGCUGAUCUCCCAGCCAGUCAUCCGCCAGAAGAUUGCCAAAAUGAUCUCGCUGACCGAAGCCUGUCAGUCCUGGCUGGAGUCCAUCACCUACCAGAUGAAUAACAUGGACUAUGCGACUCAAUCCAAGCUGUUGGGUGGUCCCAUUGGUCUGUUGAAGUCCUACUCGACUAGGUGUGCACACGAUGUCGCCGAUGAUGCCGUCAACAUCUUUGGUGGACGAGGCAUCACACAAACAGGAAUGGGCCGCGUGGUGGAGCAAUUCCACCGCACGUACAAGUUUGACGCCAUCCUGGGUGGUACGGAAGAGAUUUUGGCAGAUCUGGGUGUUCGACAAGCCAUGAAGCAGAUGCCAAAGGCUAUGCUUUGAAGUGGGACUGCCCAUCCAACCGUCUUUCAAUGGCCGGUACUCAUAAAUCUAUGCAAGCUUGUCAUGGGCAUCAUUGAGGUUGCAGCCAAGGUAAAUUUGUCUGGCGCACCAUUGGUAGAUACAUCUGACGGACGAGUGUCCAUCUUGUUGUCGUUCUCGGUCGGAUUCUGCUCUGCUUCGUCAUCGGUAAUUUCAUCCUCUUCGUCCUCG